GGCGCAGAGAAUUGGGUUUGGCUGGACUCGAUUUAAAGAGACAGAAGCUGUCGGGGUCCAAGAAGACGGUCCCCAAGACCCUCCCCCCAAGUCCUUGGGACCACUUGGGUCCCCAAAGCUGGGGAGAUGGUUUGCGGUGGCUUUGCCUGCUCCAAGAAUGCGCUGUGCGCGCUGAACGUGGUCUACAUGCUGGUAGGCUUGUUGCUCAUUGGAGUGGCUGCUUGGGGUAAGGGCCUGGGUCUGGUGUCCAGCAUCCACAUCAUCGGAGGAGUCAUUGCUGUGGGAGUCUUCCUUCUUCUCAUCGCGGUGGCUGGACUGGUGGGUGCUGUCAACCACCACCAAGUACUGCUAUUCUUUUACAUGAUCAUCCUCGGUUUGGUCUUCAUCUUCCAGUUUGGGAUCUCUUGCUCAUGUCUUGCUAUUAACCGAAGCAAACAGACGGAUGUCAUCAAUGCGUCUUGGUGGGUCAUGAGCAACAAGACCCGGGAUGAACUGGAAAGAAGUUUUGAUUGUUGUGGCUUGUUCAACCUCACAACCCUGUAUCAACAGGACUAUGCUUUCUGCACUGCAUGUUGGGAUAGGGCAGCCUAG